AUGCCUUCAGAUCAUCCGCAAACUCCUGAAAGUCCUUCUCACGCCGUCUCGGGCGUCACCGAUCUCUACAGGAAAACCUCGACCUCACCUCAGUUCACAAACUCACUCCCUACACCAGCGCACAGCAUCAACGGCAGUAUGUCUGCUCUCGGUGCGGACAGUAUGGUAUCGGGGUUUUCUCAGGACGACGCUUCUAAUAAGCGGAAGCGGGAUCCGGAGGAUAGCGGAGAUCGAGACCAGAAAAAGGUUCAUCUUGAGGAAGCUAGGCUCACAAUCGAGCAACUUCACUUGGACGUGGGCGAGAAAUACCUUCUUUGCAGAACGCCCCAUCCUAGACAGUCUCCCCAUCUAUCUCAAGAUCUAUUUGCGAUGUACUCGUUGAACAAUGUGGCUCAGUCGGUAGCAAGGACGAACCCAGAUGGCACGAAGAAUCCUUUGCGAAAGACGUAUAAGAAAUAUAUCAAGACGUUGGGUUUAAGUGGCGCAUUUGAUGUUGGAAAGAAAGAGCUUGACGCACCAGAUACACUGUCCGCUUUAAUAAUGACUCCAGAUGACCAGUGGGAAGCACAGAAUACUACGAGUCGACCGAUGGGCAAAGGGUUCUCAGAUGAAGUCAGAUCGAGUUUGGGCAGUGCAUUCAAGAUGGCAAAGGGUCGCAUACCCAAAGAUCGAUUUGACUCGUCCGUAUUGGGGGAGAUUGUGGCUCGUCCUGUGGACAUGUCGAAGUUGGCUUCAAAUGGGAUAAAACCGCAUCCUCCUCAAAAUCCUGCGGUCGCUCGUACUGCAAAGGGCGAAGUGCCUCGUCCGAAGCGUAACGUCAAGAAGCGAUCAUACGGAGAUGCUAGUUUUGAGGGAUAUGGCGAAGGCUAUAUCGACGACGAGACUCAAGACACCGGUUAUUCUACCGGGGAAGGAGACGAUCGCAGUGGUCGGAAACGGCCUAAGAAGAAUGGACCCCCUCACAACUAUCAAGGCCCUUUGCGACAAAACAGUUAUGGGCCUGGCAUGGUUGGGGUAUGA